UUAGUAAUCCCUGCCCUUUCUGUUGUAUCCUUUGGAAUUGGAGGAACCCUCGGAACUUUCUACGAAAGGAAAAAGCUUCAUUAUGGUGUUUUUUCUAUGGUCCAGGCCAAAACCAACCAGCAUGAUACAGUUGAUGGUCCAGGCUCUAGAAUGUCAGAAAUAAUGAGAUUUGGAUAUCCUGGUUUUGAAAAUAUUAAAGCUAAGGAUGAUUAUGUUUUGUCCUAUAAUCGACGUCUAAGAAUUGCGAACUGGGUCUGUGAGCAUUUAACUGCAAGUACUGGUACUGUCUACAAUGAAGAUGUUGACAGGAGAAGAUGUGAUUUUGUGGUUGAUCCUUCAAUACAUCCUCUGUUCUCGACAACAAAUGAGGACUACUGGGGGAGUGGAUAUGACAGAGGACACUUGGCUGCAGCUGCCAAUCACAGGUCAUCACAGAACUCUAUGUGCGCUACAUUCUUUCUCAGUAACAUGAGUCCUCAAGUCGGCUCAGGAUUUAAUCAUGAUGCUUGGGAACAUCUUGAAAAAUAUUGCCGCCACUUGGUUAGGUCAUACAAGAACGUGUAUGUUGUUACUGGACCUCUGUUUCUACCAAAAAUAGAGGCAGACAAUCAGCUUUAUGUGAAGUACAAGUUGAUUGGGAAAAACCGCAUCGCAGUUCCUACGCAUUAUUUUAAAGUAAUUUUGGGAGAGACCACGGAUAACCAGUUAGAAAUGCAGUCGUACAUAUUGCCCAAUCAGCCAAUCAACGACAAGACACCUAUGCACAUGUUUCAGGUCCCAGUUGACACGAUCGAGAAAGCUUCUGGACUAAUUUUAUUUGACAAAGUUCCUCGAAACGCCAUAAAACAGAUUCGACCGGUGCUCACCCCAAACAGCUGACAAGAAAGGCAAUGAAAUGAAAUGUGUGGCAAUGAUCAAUAGUUUCCAAGAUCUAACUUUUACGGCUUGAUCCAGGCUCUUGGUCUAUUGAGGCGAGGAAAAGAGGACGGGGAUCUGAAAUGGAGCGACGAGUAAGAUCCCCAUUUUCCUUUUUCCUUUAAACUUAGUGCCUGGUACAAGCAAGGAUUGUUAACCUGCAGACUCCUACAAGUCAUGGACAUCUUUUCUUUGCGAUAAUAAUUACAAGAUUUUCUUCGUAGGACAGGUCAUGAGAACAGACUUAACUUGUCGGCUGAGCAAACGAGUUCUGUCUGUCAUAUUGUAGAAAUCAAGAUAUAAUGAAAAGAGAAUACUUAGAAGUUCAAGUCUUGCAAAUAUUUCUUGUUGAAGUUAAACUUAACUUUAAUAACGUGGCACCUUAAUUGUUUCUAGCCAUUUGCUUUCACAAUAUUGUCCUAUGAAUAUGAAAUUGCGAGGAAAACAUUUUGAAAUUGACUUUACUACGCUAUUGGUAGAUACAUAGUAGCGUUUUGCCUAAAGAGCGUAGAUGCGUGACACCGUAAAAGGAAUCACAAUGAUACAAAAUAAAGUCACGCAAGCGUUCAUGCGUGAACACUGUUACACUC